ACAACUGAAUUAAUAUGAAAAACUUGCUAAAAGUGUGUCUGCACUCUUUAAAUGUUGGCUAAAAGAGGGGACACCGCUGUAGGCUAGCCUAAAUCUUAUAUCACUGUGGACAAAGCUAGCAGGGCACAGCUCUGCCAAGUUGGUGCGUCAAGCAGACGGUGGGUCCCCGAGGUGAUGUCUCAGAGCAACAGCUUCUGGUCAGGAAGUGUUUGAGUUGCUUUGAGAACAGACUGAUUUCACAUUAAACAGUCACAGAGUCAUCAGGGACACAGACUAGAGCAGAUGGGAAGUGGAUGGAUAGUUUCUCCAUCAGAGCUCCACUUCCGUACAGUUUUUUUAUGCAGUGUGAUGAAGAGCAGGACACAAUAUGACAUAUCAAAUUAAUCAAUCCGCAAGCUGUGGUGGUCGACGAAUGCAGCAUCUCAAUGGCAGAUCAAAGUCUGGAUGCUUAUGAUAAUAUGGAAGCUGCAGGCCUACAGUGACCUAUCAGGUUAACAUGCAUCUCGUCACAUAUUCCCUUACACACCACCUGCAUUAUUUAACACUUCACGAGACUGAAAGAACACCCCAAAUCAGCUUCCCAUUGAGAAGAGCAGCUGUGGACCCUGCAGAGCGUGCACCACUGUAGAUUAUUGUUUCAUAACUGGUUUGAUACUCGUGCAUCACUCGACAUGUUCGCUGCAGCCACCAAGAACUUUGUGAAGCAGGUUGGAGACACGGGGAGGCUGAUCCCCGUCCCCAGCCUGAGCGAGGCCGACCGCUACCAGCCCCUCAGCCUGGUCACCAGGAAGAGAAAGAGACAUUUCUGGAAGAAGAACAAGUACGCCUCGACCCCCUUCUCACUCAAAGACAUCUUGGUUGGAGAGAAGGAGAUCACAGCAGGAGUGUCUUCCUAUCAGCUCCUAAACUACGAGGACAAAUCUGAUGUCGCCCUCAACGGGCGGUUAGGAAACCACCUCAUCAACGACGUGGGCUUCAACAUCGCCGGCUCCGACUCCGUAGCCGUCAAAGCCUCGUUCGGCAUCGUGACCAAACACGAGCUGGAGGUGCCCACGUUACUGCGGGAGCUCAACUCCAGGAAAGUGGACCUGGAUCACUGCCUGGUUCGUCAGUCCAAGGAGAGCGGUCGGACGGUUCUCUGUGUGGUUGUAGAGAGCAUCCGCACCACACGGCAGUGCUCUCUGACCGUCCACGCCGGGAUGAGAGGAACCACCAUGAGGUUUCAGAUCGAUGACGGCAGGAAUCCCAAAGGUCGAGACAAGGCCAUCGUCAUCCCAGCUCACACCACCAUCGCCUUCAGCACCUGCGAGCUAUAUUUCCGAUUGGACGGACGACUUGAUAUUUGUGUAGCGCCGGAGUCUCAAGGUGGAUUUGAGCGGGAGCAGAUCAGAGAGCAGCUGGGUGGUUUCAUCGGUCACUUCUCUAUGGGUCGACUGCGCCGCUUCCUGUCUGGGAUCAUCUAUGGAAGCCCCUUCAGAGCAGAUAACCAAACAUUCGAGGAGCUCACACACUCCGACACCUACAUGGACGACAUGGUGACGGACUACUAUGAGAAGGCUGCCAGCAUGACGGACGUGUCCACUGCCUACCUGAGGGAAAGCUCCCACACACGGGUCAACCUCCUCAAACACAACAUCCCCAAGGGGCCCUGCUCGCUCUGCGGCAUGGGCAACCAGCGGCGGGAAACCGUCUACGGCUGUCUGGAGUGCACCACCGGGGGCCAGAAAUACGUGCGGCUGCACGUGGUGCCCUGUUUCGACCUCUGGCACAAAACGCUGAGGUGAAAAAAAGUCACCUCCUGGUGGUGCAACUGUUUACAAAGCAUUUUUUGAGAUGUUUGUCCUGUAAAAUUUCAAUAAAAGUCAUGAAAACGGAACUUUUCAC